UUUAACUUGAGUUUCGGUCAUCACAGGCAAAAGCGACUUUCGGCGAUACAUGCCGUAAUACAGUUCAUAUUUAGUUGCUGAUACUAUUUGUUUCGGUGUAUAUGUGUAUCGUGUUGGAACGUUUUUUUUUUAUUCGGAGCGACAGUCGUCGUCGUGUACAUGUUUAUCAUUUCAUUUGACUUUGACCACACAGAUGAACGAUAUUUUGGACGAACAAUAGAAUAUAAUAAUUUUUAAAUAGCAAUUAAGCAAUUCUGAUUUAAAUUUUUUUUGGUUUUUUAAAUUACACGUCGGAAUUUUAGUGCAGUAUUCAUAAUCUGUUUGUUUUCUUUUUAUCCGCGAAAUAAGAAAAUUUAAUAUAUAUUGAAAAAAUGAAUAUUCCAAAUGAAUACAUUUCACGAACAGAAGAUGUUGCCGACCAGGUAAUCAGAAAAGGAAAACACGUUCUCCCGACGAUAGCAAGAUUUUGUUUGAUAGCUACAUUCUUCGAGGAUGGUUUGCGUAUGUGGUUCCAAUGGAAUGAACAAAGAGAAUAUAUGGACAUGAGUUGGGGAUGUGGAAAGUUUUUGGCGACGGUGUUUGUGCUAGUGAAUCUUUUUGGACAGUUGGGCGGUUGUGCUCUGGUUAUCACUAGAUUCAAGGUUGACAUAGCAUGUGGUAUGCUAUUUUUCAUCGUCGUUCUUCAGACUGUCGCAUACUCAAUUCUAUGGGAUUUCCAUUUCUUGUUCCGUAAUUUUGCAUUGAUUGGUGCAUUGCUGUUAGUUUUGGCCGAAUCCAGAGUUGAGGGUCGAAGCUUGUUUGCAGGUGUUCCAUCACUCGGCGAAAACAAGCCAAAGAACAUCUUGCAAUUGGCCGGUCGCAUUUUGUUGGCAUUCAUGUUCAUCACAUUGUUGCGGUUCGAAUUGUCGGUGCUUCAAGUGAUUCAAGACAUUUUCGGCUCAAUCCUCAUGGUGAUGGUCACAAUUGGUUACAAAACCAAAUUGUCAGCUCUUGCCUUGGUGCUCCUGCUCUCAAUGUUGAACCUGUACUACAAUGCAUGGUGGUCAAUUCCAGCACACAAACCAUUGCGCGACUUCUUGAAAUAUGACUUUUUUCAGACUCUGUCCGUGAUUGGUGGACUCUUGAUGAUUGUGUCACUCGGCCCGGGUGGUGUAUCAAUGGACGAACACAAGAAAAAAUGGUAAACAACAGCUACACAGUAAAAUCAACAUGAAAACAAUAUAGAAAAAUACACAAAGUGCUCAGCAACCAAUUCAAAUACCCGUUGAUUGAAUGGCAAAUAGAGGACAGUGACAACAUCAUUCAAUAAGGAUCACACAACAGUUUAAUUAAAACAAAAAGAAGAAACAAAAAAAAAACCGAAUGGAUAGACUUAAAGUUACAGUUUUAUACCUUAAAUUUCUAUAUUUAGAUGGUUAAUAAUUAAGAAUGUUUUCAUGAUGACAAACAAAAACAUGUGAAAGAUAUUGUGGACGAAAGACAACAACAUUCAUUUGGUCGCAGUAAUAUUUUAUAUAAUUUUUUUUAAAAGAGAAUCUGUGUUUAAAAAAAUGUCUGAAAUGUGUAAUAGAUAGAGAGACGAAUUUUCGUGUGACAGUCAAUCAUUGAAUUGCUUCCAGAUUUGUUCAAUCUCUUGUGGUCGCAUCACUUUCCGCAUUGAUAUUCUUCUGCUGGACGACAGAUUAUAUAUGUAUUUGAACAGGGAUUGGUUUUUAUAGACAGAAACAAAAGACAAAGUUAUAAACCAUAUGCAAAAAUCUAAUUAUUAUCAUGUCAAUCAAUUAUUUUGUGAUUUUUGAUUUAAAAACCGUAAAUGAAAGAAAAAAAACAAAUGGAAAACAUUGAAAUCAUACAAUUAAAACCAACAAAAAUAUUCAUAUUGGAGACAAGAAAA